UGAUCAACGAAUUAGCUAGGUUUGGAUACAUGGACGAACUCUUUGGAUACCUUGGCAACGGUAAAACUGUUGGAAACUAUGGCUUUACAAACUUAAGGUGGCAAAAAUGGAAUUUUAUUGAAGGCACAGAUGGCAGUUACCAUUUCAUAAAUCAACAUACUAGAAAAUGUCUGCACGAAGGGCUAAACGGUAGAAUCGUUCAAUGGGAUUGUUACGGUGGAGAUGAAUCACAGAAAUGGAAAAUCAUAGAAAAUCCUUGCGGACAGCCUCCUAGGUUCCCGAGCGGUCGUUUUCAAAUUCAAAACCCCUUUACUGGGAAGUGUGCAGUCAUUUUAAAUAACAGCAAUGCUGAUUGGGCCAAAGUAGUUUCAGGCACCUGCACCUGUAACAACAAUCACCACUACUGGAUUCUAAGGCGUAAGACAUUGGUCAACCAAGGAUUUAGCAGGCAGUGUAUGGCCAACUGGGAUCUACAGGGGUACGGUGGCAUUACGCAAUGCGGUUGUGUUGAUGACCCAAUACAUAACUGGGGAUUUGUUAUUGUUGAGGAAGAGAUAUUUAUCGUGGUUACCGCAAUUGACGGAAGAUGUGUUCAAGUAAACGGGGAUUCAGAAAAUUCACUAUUGCGAUACGUAGUGUGUGACCUCACCGACAAAACACAGUGGUGGAGAAUUUAUGAUGCGUGUAACUCUUACAAUUGAGCAUGCGCGAACAAUGAUUUUUAUCAAAUAUAAAUUCAAGCGUCUUUUGUAUGCAUUUUAUCAAUCAUUAAUACAAA